AUGAUAAGAGUGGCUAAAAUGAGCGUUAAUUCAAGAAACAUCAAGCACAGUGCAUCUGUUAUAUUCUUCCACGGAUCCGGCGAUACUGGCCCAAAUGUCUUGGAAUGGGUGCGCUUCCUGCUAGGUCGAAAUAUGGAGUUCUCCCAUAUAAAGGUUAUUUAUCCCACUGCCCCAUUGCAAAAGUACACACCGCUAAAUGGAGAACUCUCUACGGUGUGGUUUGAUCGGCGGUCAGUGAAUAUUGCUGCCCAGGAAACCAAAAAAAGCAUGUCUCAGUGCUACGAGAUCGUCCACCAGCUUAUCCAGGAAGAAGUGGCUCAAGGCAUCCCACUAAACCGGAUUAUUGUCGGCGGUUUCUCCAUGGGUGGAGCCCUGGCUUUGCACACUGGAUACCAUUUAAAUACCGGCCUGGCAGGUGUUUUUGCACACUCAUCCUUCCUCAAUCGUCAGUCUGUGGUAUACGAAUCCCUUGAAACACGACCACCCAAUAGUGUUCAGCUUCCUGAAUUGCGUAUGUUCCAUGGUGAACGUGAUACCUUGGUGCCAAUAGAAUGGGGUCAGGAGAGUUUUGAAAGUCUUCAAAAGUUAGGAGUGACCGGCACUUUCAAGCCAUUGAAGAAUACCUUGCAUGAGUUGAAAAAAUCAUCUCUAAUCGAAAUAGAGCAAUGGAUACUGGAAAAGUUGCCUCCACUUGAAAGCGAUGUGCAGAAUAAGCUCUGAUAACUGUUUUUCUCAAAGAUUCCUGUUUGUAUAUUGUAGAACAAUUAAAAACUUUUAUAUACAUGUUUAAUAUGAA